AUGGGACGAACUCGCGUCCAUGGUCCAGGCUGUAAGCUCGCAGCCCAGGCCAGAAGAGAAGAUGAGCCCGAACACGACACGGUCAAGCGGUGGCAGGCCCUCUUCGGAUACACGUACGCCGUGGCCGCCAAAGAAAUCGAGGACAAGAAGCGUGACCUUUCGCUAGGCAGCACGCACACGUACCUCGUCAAGCUCGAGGGCGCGCUGUCAAGCCCCGAGUCGCUUCGAGCAGCGCUGCGCCGAGAGAUGACGCCCACCGCCCUCGCCGGCAGCGACGACUCGGGCGCGCCGGCAGCGUUCUGCAAAGUCAGCGCCACCGAACGCGACCGCCUCCUGCUCGCCCUAUCAUCUAGUGGCGACUCUACAUUGCCAUACUUGAUAGGGGGUGGCUGA